UUUAAUUCAGUUACUGAUUUUUUAAAAAACGCUUUCCAAUUUCUGUCUCUCUGUCUCCACGAUUCACGCCUUGACCGUAAUUUUUUUUUUUUUUUGCCUUCUCAGAGAUUCUGGAAAAUUUCCGAUAAGCAAUUUCUCCUCCUUCUCGUAGAUCGGAUUCUGAUUUCGAUUAAUUUCCCGGGAAAAAAAAAGAAAGAAAAGGAUUUAGGGUAUAUUCGUUAAUCUUUGGUGGGUUUUCACGAGAACGAGAGAGAUUUCCACCGAAGAAGAUGAGUUUUCAAGAUUUAGAAGCCGGAAGAGGAAGAUCGAGGAAGAUCAAUGGAGGUCGACAAGAUUCGACGCAAGCCGUCGCUUCCGGAAUAUUCCAGAUCAAUACGGGAGUUUCUACAUUUCAGCGACUCGUUAACACACUCGGUACUCCAAAAGACACGCCGGAGCUCCGGGAGAAGCUGCACAAGACACGAUUGCAUAUUGGGCAGCUUGUGAAGGACACUUCUGCUAAACUUAAAGAAGCUAGUGAGACUGAUCAUCAAAGUGGUGUGAAUCCAAGUAAGAAGAUUGCAGAUGCUAAGCUUGCAAAGGACUUUCAAGCUGUAUUAAAAGAGUUUCAGAAAGCUCAACAAACAGCAGCUGAAAGAGAAACAGCCUAUACUCCUUUCGUGCCUCAAUCCGCUCACCAGUCUAGCUAUACAGCGAGUGAGGUAGAUCAGAUCCCGGAGCAGCGGGCACAACUUGUGGAGUCUAAAAGGCAGGAACUUGUAUUGUUAGACAAUGAGAUUGCAUUCAACGAGGCUGUGAUCGAAGAAAGAGAGCAAGGCAUACAAGAAAUCCAUAGUCAAAUUGGCGAGGUUAACGAAAUAUUCAAAGAUCUUGCGGUUCUGGUUAACGACCAAGGAGUCAUGAUAGAUGAUAUCGGUACUCACAUUGACAACUCUCGAGCAGCAACUUCGCAAGGAAAAUCUCAGCUCGCACAAGCUGCAAAAACACAAAGAUCAAAUUCAUCUCUGACAUGCUUGCUCAUGGUGAUAUUUGGCAUUGUACUCCUGAUCGUGAUUAUCGUACUCGCAGCUUGAGUUUGGAAAGCAAGAACAAGUCUUUCGAUUGUGUUCGUCGAUCUUAAAGCAUCAAUGAGUGGAACUACUUGGUAUAUAACGCAAUUUGCAGAUAACACUUAGAAGUUGGUUUUGUAUUCGUCUGGUUUGGUUUGGUUUGGUUUGAGUGCCUACUAUUGGUUAAUGUAAUAGAGUGCGUGUGUGGUUUUUUGUUGUGCAAACUUUUUGUUGGAGGUGAGUGAAAGUCUGUUGCUUGUGUUUCUCCCAAA